CCCAACUCAUCUCUGGCUUAUAAGCUCUCUCUUAUAAGCAGAGUCACCCUGCUUUGGACACCACAGUUCAUGCCUAUAAGAAUUGACGAAUUAUCCGAUACUUUCUCCAUCUGGUGGAUAUUUGAGAAGCUCAUAAAGUACACGUGACUGCGUCAAUGCCAGACGUCAAACGGCGCAGAACGCGAGGACAGUUGCUGACGUUAGUGUUUGACUUGGCGAGUGAACGUGAGAUGUCAUUGAAGAGACGACAGUGAAUUCUCUCUUUGAUAAAGAUAUUGUUAUAACGAAAACAAUGGCUGUUACGGAAACGGACGCUUUCUCCCAAAAAAUGCGACGCGCCACGAGAGAAAUACACGCUGUCAGUGAUGCUCUGGUAAAUGCUAAACUAGUACUUGGAUUUUCAGACAAUGCAGUAUGGGCGGAUGGUCUGCUCGUCUUUUACGAAAUCUUUCGAUUUCUAGAAGGAGCAAUGGUUAGGUUAAAAGACACUAAAGUUGGAUUAUUCAGAAUACCAGCUCUUCAGCGGACGGAAGCAUUCGAGCAAGAUCUUGAAUUUUAUUUAGGAAACGGAUGGAAGAAGAACUAUGCUCCAAGGGAAAGUGUCAUUAAAUAUCUGAUGCGAUUAAGAGAAGUGGAGGACACGGAUCCAAUGCUAUUAAUGGCAUAUAUCUAUCACCUUUAUAUGGGUCUUCUCAGUGGUGGGAUUAUUUUGCGUAAAAAGAGACAAUUUAUACAAAAGUUCUUACCAAAUAAAAGUAUUAAAAGUAAUAGUGGUGACAAAAUAACAGAUUUUGGUGAUGCGAAUAUCUUUGAACUAAAGAGUGAACUUCGCAGUACGUUGAAUAGAAUAGCAGAAACCUUGGAUGAGGACACGAGAAAUAAACUUAUCGAAGAGAGCGGAAUUGUCUAUACAUUAAAUAAUGAAAUUAUUAGAAGUGUCAAAGGAGCAAAUACUGUAGUAAUUAAGAAAGCAAUCUAUUUCAUUAGUAUAUUGAUCCUCAGCUUUCUAGUCUUCUUAGCUGUAUCAAAGUGAAUUUCAUGCUAGCAAUAUUCUCUUCAUUCCAGUUGUAUGUAAAUACUUACAAAUUAUUCUGAUCUUCAUAAAUAAAUUAUGACUAUUUUUUUA